AUGGACACUGUACCUACAGGAAUCUUCAAGAAGAAGGGGAGCGUAGUCGUCUUUCCUCCUCGUCGUUGUUGUCGUCGGCGGCGGCGUCCGUCCGCCCCUUCGCGAUCCAAACCCUACUCCCUCUCCCUCUCCCUCCGCGCCCCCUCCUCCUUCGCCGCCCCCGUCCCCUCCUCCCCUCCUCCGCUCCUGCGGCGCCGCCGCCUCCACCGCCGCGCUCGGCCGCCGCCGCCGGAGCGGCGGCGGGGCGGCGUCUACGCCGUGUUCGAGCGGUUCACGGAGCGCGCGAUCAAGGCCGUGGUGUUCUCGCAGCGCGAGGCGCGCGCCCUCGGCCGCGAGAUGGUGUUCACGCAGCACCUCCUCCUCGGCCUCGUCGCCGAGGACCGCUCCCCCGCCGGAUUCCUCGGCUCCGGGAUCACCCUCGACCGCGCCCGCGACGCCGUCCUCUCCAUCUGGCCCCUCUCCGACGGCGCCGGCGAUCCGGAACGGUCGCAAUCGGCCACCGACGUGCCCUUCUCCGUCAGCACGAAGCGCGUCUUCGAGGCCGCCGUCGAGUUCUCGAGAAACAUGGGCUGCAACUUCAUCGCGCCCGAGCACAUCGCCGUCGGCCUCUUCACCGUCGACGACGGCAGCGCCGGACAGGUCCUCAGGAGCUUGGGAGCAGACAUAAAUCACCUAGCAUCAGUAGCACUCUCUAGACUUCAAGGGGAGCUCAUAAAGGAUGGUAGAGAACCAGUGGCAUCUUCCAAGAAAAUGUUUCAAAAAUCUCCUGCCAGAAAAGCUGCAGUUGUGAAUUCUGAGAAGAGGAAAGACAAAAGUAUGUUAGCUCAAUUUUGUGUGGAUCUAACUGCGCGAGCUGGCGAAGGGCUCAUUGAUCCCAUAAUUGGUCGGGAUACCGAGAUACAGAGAAUUGUUCAGAUCCUAUGUCGCAGAACAAAGAACAAUCCAAUUCUUUUGGGUGAUCCUGGAGUUGGUAAGACAGCGCUCGCCGAAGGUUUGGCCCUUCGCAUUGCCGAUGGAGACGUCCCUUUUUUUCUUUCGGCGAAGCGCAUAAUGUCGCUGGAUGUAGGCCUACUCAUGGCUGGCGCAAAGGAGAGGGGAGAGUUAGAAACCAGGGUUACUGGUUUAAUACAUGAAGUGCGGAAAGCAGGUGAUGUUAUUCUCUUCAUUGAUGAGGUCCAUAAUCUUAUUGGAUCUGGCACAGUGGGGAGAGGGAACAAGGGAUCAGGUCUAGAUAUUGCUAAUCUGCUGAAGCCUUCUCUUGGUAGAGGUGAAUUGCAGUGCAUUGCGUCCACGACUGUUGAUGAGCACAGGACACAUUUUGAGAAGGAUAAAGCUUUAGCUCGCCGGUUCCAGCCAGUGUUUAUAAAUGAGCCUAGCGAGGAGGAUGCCGUGAAGAUAUUACUUGGUCUACGUGAAAAAUAUGAAAGUUACCACAAGUGCAAAUUCACUUUGGAAGCUAUAGAUGCUGCAGUUUACCUGUCAGCCAGAUAUAUUCCAGACAGACAACUUCCUGAUAAAGCUAUCGACCUAAUAGACGAAGCUGGUAGCAGAGCUCGUAUGGACUCAUUUAAGAGGAAGAAGGAAGAGCAGACCUCUAUUCUCACAAAGUCACCAGAUGAAUAUUGGCAAGAGAUCAAAGCAGUCCAGGCUAUGCAUGAAGUGGUACUGGCAAAUCAACUGAAGUACUAUCCGGAAGAGAGCAACCAAGAGAAUAAUAUUGAUGCUAAUGUCUCUAAUGAUGCCGGGAUGGUCUCACCAUCCGUCUCGUCAACUACGGAUAAUGAUGAGCCUGUUAUUGUCGGACCAGAGGAAAUAGCCAAAGUUGCCUCGCUGUGGUCGGGAAUACCAGUUCAGCAGGUCACUGCAGAUGAGAGAGAAGUUCUGAUUGGUUUAGAUGAAGAAGUUAGAAAGCGUGUAAUUGGUCAAGAUGAUGCUGUCAGUGCCAUAUGCCGAGCUGUGAAGAGAUCCCGUAUCGGCCUGAAUGACCCGGACAGACCAAUCUCGGCUAUGCUCUUCUGUGGGCCAACAGGUGUUGGCAAAACUGAACUCACUAAAGCCCUAGCAGCGAGCUACUUUGGAUCAGAGGAUGCUAUGCUACGGUUGGAUAUGAGCGAAUACAUGGAGCGACACACUGUGAGCAAGCUUAUAGGAUCUCCUCCAGGUUACAUAGGCUAUGGAGAGGGAGGUACUUUGACAGAAGCAGUUAGGAGGAGACCUUUCACAGUGGUAUUGCUUGAUGAAAUAGAAAAAGCUCACCCUGAUAUAUUUAAUAUCCUCCUCCAAGUGUUUGAGGAUGGCCACCUUACUGAUUCUCAGGGCCGUAGAGUUUCGUUCAAGAAUACCUUGAUUGUCAUGACAUCCAAUGUCGGCUCUACAGCAAUUUCUAAGGGAAGGCGGAGCAUAGGUUUCCUGAUCUCGGACGACAAGGAGUCAAGCUCAUAUGCCGCCAUGAAAGCUCUGGUGAUGGAAGAGUUGAAGGCGUAUUUCAGGCCCGAGUUGCUCAACCGAAUAGACGAGGUGGUUGUAUUCCGCCCUCUCGAGAAAACUCAGAUGCUAGAUAUUUUGAGCAUAAUGUUGCGAGAAGUCAAGGAAAGGCUGCUUUUAUCCCACGGGAUCGGUCUAGAGGUAUCCAAAGCUAUAAUGGACUUGGUGUGCCAGCAAGGGUACGACAAAAGCUACGGUGCACGGCCGCUGAGGAGGGCGGUGACUCGCUUAAUUGAGGAUGUCGUAAGUGAAGUAAUUCUCGCCGGAGAAUGCAAGCCCGGCGACACACUUGUGAUCGACAUUGACGCCUCAGGAAAUCCUUUCGUCAGCCUGCCGCCCGACCAGACUGUCCAAUUGUCGGACGCCACAUCGACCCUCUAAUAUCAUCGUGUCGACCUUUCAUACAUCUAUUCUUUCGCCUGAGCAGAUAACUGAUUCUUUGCUGUAUAGGUAUAUAUAAAUAUAUAUUAUAUAUAUAUAUAUAUACAAUUUAACAUGUAUAUAUCAAGUAAAUUCAACUCUCGAAAUUGAUAGAGAUUAUUUUUUAUGACGCUGCUGCGGUAACUACAGUGGAACUGCUAUUAUCAUACAGCAUCAAAUGAAAUAGUAACAUAUUUGUAGAACCCUUUUAAACUUCACUCUUGAUGAGGGGAUCUGCAUACCUUGCCGUACAAGGUAUAUUCUGGACUAAA